AUGAAACCACGUCUUGCUUACGACGACCAAGCCUGGGAAAGAGGGACGAUUGUCUACAGACGCUGGUAUAAGUAUCUCGAGGAAGACGAGGACCCCUUCAAUGCAGUUGGUCGCUUUCUUGCAACGCACUUUUAUCCUCGGGAAUGGCGCGAGUUUGAUAUCUUCGCGUUGGGUGGAUUCAAUGUCUGCUUUCGGAUAGUUUUUACCGAUGAUACAACCGCCAUCAUCCGGUUUCCAUUCCCUGGUAUUAUUAUGUUUCCCGAAGAGAAAGUCCUCAAUGAAGUCAGGGGACAGAAACAAGAGAGUCCCGCAAACCUAGGACCUUUUAUCAUCAUGGAAUAUUUCGAGCACAAACAGAGUAUCUGCAGGCUUCUUGAAAAUCCGGAAUCAGAUCCAACCGUCCGUCCAGUUCUUAAUCUCAACCUCGAUAUGGUCAGGCUGGGGGACCUCUACAGAAAAUUGGCCAAAAUCGUUCUUUCGUUGUCUACUCUUACGCUCAACAAGAUAGGGUCUGUUGGGCUUGACCCAAGGAGUAUGACGUGGAAGGUGUUGAAUCGACCCUUAUCAUAUUCCAUGAAUGAAGUUGUGCAACUGGGAACACUACCUCGAUCGAAAAUACCGAAUAGCACAUACUCUGAAGCAUCGUCGUACUUUGACGCCCUGGCGGAACUGCAGCUUUCACACCUCAUAAUUCAAAGGAACGAUUCCGUUGACUCCGAGGAUGACUACCGGCGAAAAUUUGUGGCGCGACUUCUUUUCCGAAGACUUAUUCGAGACCAGAAAUUGAGAGAAAAAUGGCUGUGCCAUGAGGCUGGCCCAUUUCCAAUCUGGUGCGAUGACUUUCGACCAGAGAGUGUCCUCGUCGAUGAAGCUGAGAAUAUUGUCGGAGUGGUGGACUGGGAGUUUACAUACACCGCCCCUGUCGAAUUUUCUCAUGCACCGCCUUGGUGGCUUCUUCUCGAAAAGCCGGAAUAUUGGCCUAAAGGGCUCGAUGACUGA